GGCCAAGAGCCGCCGCCGCCGCCGCCGCCGCCGCCGCAGCAGCAUCAGAGCAACCACCGGGGCGCACCGGGCGAUGCCGCGCCGGGCCCGGGGCCGUCGCCGGGGCCCCCCCACCGCCGCCGCCGCCACCGCCGCCCGGCGUCCCGGGGAACCCCCCGAGGAUGGUUCCCCCACCACCUGUCAGCAAGCCCCACGUGUGCCUCUCCACUGUGCUCAUCAUGACCAGCCUCGUCCUCAUGGAUGCCUACCUGGUGGAGCAGAGCCAGGGCUCCAGAAAGCUGGGCAUCUGCGUCAUGGUGGCAGUGGGUGACGUAUGCUUUCUGCUGGUGCUCCGCUAUGUGGCCAUCUGGGUCGGGGCGGAGGUAAAGACAGCUAAGCGGGGCUACGCCAUGAUCCUCUGGUUCCUGUAUGUCUUCGUUCUGGAGAUCAAAGUCUACUUUGUAUACCAGAACUAUAAAGCUGACCGGAAAAGCCUGGAUCUCAUAGCCCGCAAAGCGCUGACCUUGCUGCUCUCCAUCUGCAUCCCAGCCCUCUACGUGUUGUUGGUGGCCACGGAGCACAUGGAGUACGUCAGGACAUUCAAGAAGAAAGAAGAUCUCCGCAACCGCCUCUUCUGGGUCAUUGUGGACAUGCUGGACGUGCUGGACAUCCAGGCCAACCUGUGGGAGCCCCAGAAGAAGGGGCUGCCACUCUGGGCUGAGGGCAUCAUGUUCUUCUACUGCUACAUCUUGCUCCUGGUCCUCCCUUGUGUGUCCCUCUGUGAGAUCAGCAUGCAAGGGAUUGGCAUCAUGCCGCACCGGAUGAUGCUGUACCCCAUGCUGAGCAUGCUCACCGUCAACAUCACCACCAUCUUCAUCCGAGGCAGCAACAUGGUCUUUUUCAGGGACGCCCGGGUCUCCAGCAUCUUCAUGGGCAAGAACAUGCUGGCCAUUGGGUUGAAGGUCUGUACGUUUGUGCAGUACCAGCGGCACCGGCACCAUGCACCCCUGGGGCCAGACCUGGCCCUGCAGCACAGCGCCCAGGCCCAGCCCUCCCCAGGGCUGCACAAAUCCCGGGACCAGCCUGCCUGCCCGGAGGAGCUGGCCCAGGACAAUACGUGACAAGCCAGCAGGAGCCACAGGCUGGGCACCACCGCCACGUCUGGCCGUACCUGCAAACCCAAGGCGGGUCGCUGAGCUCCCCGCCUGGACAGAGGGCAAUGACCCUGCUCCCUUCCUCCUUGGGUGAAGCUGCUCCGGUCCCCGAGGGUGGAAUGCGAGGCCCCACCCC